AUGGCGUUCUCUGGAGCUCUUACCUUGACUGAUCUUAAUGACUUCCUAACCCCAUCUCAAGCAUGUAUCAAACCCGUUGAGCAGGUGAACGAGCCGCAGGAUAUCGCUGAGCCUGGUACCGCUACAACCGAAAUUGUGAUAGACUCCAGUGGAUUAUACUACGAGGUCUCGGCAACCGGCGCAUCCACUAAUGUAUCUUCCAAGGGCGCAGGGCGAAAGCUGCAGCAGGCUCAGAUCAGCUUAAACGAUUGUCUUGCUUGCAGCGGUUGUAUUACGUCGGCCGAAUCUGUAUUGAUCACGCUACAGUCCCACACGGAGGUCCUUAACUUCUUGGACUCCAUUCCUCCCGUUUCCACGCCAGGUCACAAGAUUCCUGUGCUCUCAAUAGCGCCACAAAGCCUCGCGUCACUCGCAGCCUCCCUUUCGUCAUCAUCCGGUUCCCCCGUGAGUCUCCGACAAAUACUGAGAAGAGUGCGAGCAUUUUCUACACGAAUACUUGGGUUCGAGCAUGUUUACGACACUACGUUUGCUCGACAUAUUGCUUUGCUUGAGCACACGCAAGAAUUUUUUGAGCGGAAGAAGGGAAACGGAAAACUUCCGAUGCUAGCGAGUGCCUGUCCGGGAUGGAUAUGUUAUGCUGAGAAAGCACACUCCGAAAUGUUACCUUUUAUCGCUAGGACGAAGAGUCCGCAGCAGGUGAUGGGAACUCUGGUCAAGUCGUGGUUUGGAAAUCGCUGGGGAGUGCAACCGGAUCAAAUUUACCACGUGUCAGUUAUGCCGUGCUAUGACAAGAAGCUCGAGGCUUCUCGGCAGGAUUUCUACAACGACCUGUAUUCGACUCGGGAUGUGGACUGCGUAAUCACGACAGGGGAGCUCGAGCUUAUGAUGCGCGACAAAGGCUGGGAUCUUUCACAGCCAGUAGAGAACGAAGAUAUCCCUGAUUUCGACGCUGAAAUCCCUGAGCUCUUAUCACACCCUGGAACUAGCUCUGGAUCUUACUUGCACUCUCUCAUCAAUUCUAUCACUACAAGCCACACGUCUCCUGUGGACCUUACCAUAAAAUCCAUCCGUACAUCUGAUUACGAAGAAUUCACUCUUCGCACUCGGGACACCGGCGAGGUGCUUUUCAAAGGCGCAAAAUGCUACGGUUUCCGUAAUCUCCAGAACGUCGUGCGCAAGGUAGGUCGUGAGGCUGGGGUGCAAGUUGGGAGGGGUGCCGCUGGAAGGUUGGUUGGGAUGCGUGCAAAGAAGCGUGGUGGGGAGGAUGAGAAGGGGUAUGACUAUGUCGAAGUCAUGGCAUGUCCGGGCGGGUGUGUCAAUGGUGGUGGGCAGUUGAAACCCAUUGCACAGGCGGCAGGGCAGAAAGAGGACGAAGAAGGGUUUACGAGGAACUGGGAGGAGAGUGGUGUCCAGAUGCUAGUGCCAGGGGAAGAUAGUGCGAUGCAAGGCGUCAAAUGGGGAAACAAGGAGUGGACCAAGGAAGUUGAAAGGGUGUAUUGGCAUGACUUGCCUACACCACCUCCAUCACCGAGACCUCAUGAUCGGGAUCUUGAAAACCCGUUCGUUUGCGCAGACCGUCUUGCCGCUCAGGUCAAGAUCGAUCUUUGUCACCCCACAGACGGAAGUUUGCAUGAAAAUUGGGCUUCUAUCAUGGACGAAGGAGCAGAGACACAACGUCGUGAAUUGUUUCGUACUCAGUAUCGGGCUGUUGAAAGCGAGGUAGUUGGACUCGCUGUGAAAUGGUGA